AUGAUAUUUGUGACCCCAUAUACAAACAGUAAAUACGUGGCCAGUAGUGAACGAUUUCAAGAGAAACUUAAGCCUUUCUUGUUGUUAUUUAAGAAAUGGCUUAUGCUUUAUAGUGCUUUUAUUGAAAUAAUUGGUUCAUAUGCUCUAGACAUUAUGUAUGAUGAAUUAAAUGGUACAAUCGUUUCAGGAUAUGAAUUCAGUGAUAUAUUAGGAUUAUUUUGUCCAAGUGAAUUUUGGGUUGGGUUUGGCAAAAUAUUAUUGAAAAAAGUAUUAGACCCAAAAGAAGGAGAAUUUGUAACAGAAGAUAAAGGAGACGACGAAGAAAUGACAGUUGGAAAUAAAGAUUGUGCAGAUAUAGUUGGAGAUGAUUCUGAAAUUAUAUCAGUAUUAUUAUUAUUACUACUACUACCAAUAUCACUUGCAUUAUUUACAUCAAACUUUAUCUGCGAAGUAGAUUGUAGUGAAUUCAAUUUAUCAUCACCACCACCACCAUCACACUAUCUUCCUUCUCCUUUUCAUCAUCACCAUCCAAAUCAACACUGA